AGAAAACUGAGCACAAUGCAAAACUUUAGUGUUCAGAACAAAAGAAUGUAUAGAAUGUCCUCAGAGGACUUCAGCAUGCUAAGACCCACAUUUUACUCUUGGAGAAGUACUGGGAAUAGGGGUUCCCAUUGCAAGGACAUCUUUGGAUCUACCACUGUACAAAUGGGGCUUUCUAGAAAUGUUGGAAAUGAAAAAGUUACCAUGCAAAUCCUGAAUGAACGUCUUGCUUCCUACCUGGAGAAAGUUAGAAGCUUGGAGAAGACCAACAGUGAGCUGGAGGUAAAAAUCCACCAGGUUCUGGAUAAAAAAGCUCCAGACUCUAAGAACUACAGUCACUACCAAGCCACUCUUGAUAAACUACGCAAAGAGAUCCUGGAAAUGGUUAUAAGCAAUGCAGAUGUGGGUCUUCAAAUUCACAAUGCCAAGUUGUCUGCUGAAGACUACAGGGUCAAGUAUGAAAAUGAAUUGCAGCUAAGACAGUAUGUUGAAGCAGACAUAAAUGCAUUGAGAAAGAUGCUGGAUGACAGCAAUGUGGCACGACUGCAUCUGGAAAAUGAUGUUGAAGGUCUGAAAGUGGAGCUCAUCCAAUUAAAGAAACAACAUCAACUGGAAGUGUCAGAACUAUAUAGUCAAAUCACCCAGUCAGGAGUGAAGGUGGAUGUUACUGCUCCCAAGGGACAGGACAUAGCUAAAAUCAUGGAGGAGAUGAGAGCCAAGUAUGAAAAGAUCGUCCUAAAGAACCAGGAGGAGCUCAAAACAUGGCAUGAAUCGAAAAUCUCCGUUGUACAGGUCCAAGUGACCGAGAAUGCGGAAGCACUGAAGGAAGCCAAAACACAAGUCAGCGUGAGCCGCAGGCAGAUGCAGACUUUGGAAACAGAGCUGCAGUCUCUGAUUGGAAGUAAAGGAUCUCUGGAAGAAGCCCUUCGUGAAACAAAGCUGCGAUAUGGCAUGCAGGUGGAGCAAUACAACAGCAUCAUUUUGCUGAGAGAGUCUGAACUUAAACAGCUGCGUGACAACAUUCAAAGUCAGAAACUGGAGUAUCAGGCUCUGUUCAACAUCAAGAUGGAGCUGGAAGCUGAGAUAGCAACCUAUAAGAGACUUCUGGAUGGAGAAGAACGAGAAUUAGAGAAAGGAUCCGUCAGGACAACAUUAGAGACUGUCACCCAGACAACAGUGGAUGGGAAAAUAGUGUCCUCCAGCUCCAGUACUAUCAAAAAGUGAUAUGAACAAACAUAG